AUGGGUCCAUCUCAAGUCGAUACCUCCUACCAUACUAUAAUUGGCAACUGCUGGUUCACAGUCCUAGAGCUUGUAGCUCAGGAAAGGCUUUUCUUGCGGACACAAUGGACGAACCCGGCCCAUAAACCACAUAUUGUCCGAAGGAGAUCGACAAUUUGUACCAGCGAGAGGGUCGAGGCCGACAGACGAGCCGAGUUUUUACGGCAUGAACUCGAAUCGCGGUCAGGUGGACAAAAGUCCACCCAAAACGUAUGCAGGUCUGCAGGAAACUUGGCCAUGACUCCUCCAGUCGAUAUAAGACUCCCGAAGCCACGGGAACAACAAUAUGCCGGUGCGAAAUUCCCAUCACCCCUUAGAGAGAUCUCAGAAACAAUGGGCGUUGAACUCCAUGGCAUGCUUUUUCACCUUCCGGAAUCCUCCACCACAUGA